AUGGGUGAAAACUUUGCUUCGGGAACGAAAAAGUUCAACACUGAUUUGACAGACUAUUCUGUGCAACAUGAAGAACAUACUGGCCCCUAUGCGGAGAACCUCGACAUUGACGCCGUCAUUGUUGGAGCAGGUUUUGCCGGCAUAUUCAUGCUGAAGACUCUCCGAGAUCGCGGUCUGAAGGCGUACAUCUUCGAAGCUGGAAACGAUACUGGCGGUACGUGGCGCUGGAACUGCUAUCCAGGUGCCGGUGUCGACUCUGAGGUGCCUGAGUACGAGUUCUCCUGGCCCGAAGUGUGGAAGACUUGGAACUGGCCGAACAACUAUCCUAACUAUCAGAACCUGCGUGACUACUUUGAUCACGUCGACAAGAUAGUUGGAGUGAAGAAGGACUGUUCUUUCAACACGGUCGUUGUUGGAGCUCACUUUGACCAGGACGAGGGCAAGUGGAACAUCCGCACCGAGGAUGGUCGCACAACCAAGGCCAAGUAUCUUGUUCUGGGGACUGGCUUCGCUGCCAAGAGAUAUAUCCCCAACUGGCCUGGAAUGACCAAGUUCAAAGGGAUCAUCCAUCACUCCUCGUUCUGGCCAGACGAAAAGAUUGAUGUCCGUGGCAAGAAGUGCGCCGUUAUUGGGACAGGAGCAUCCGGUGUCCAAAUCGUCCAGGCAUGGGGUCCCGAGGCUGGAGAGGUGAAGGUGUUCCAACGCACCCCCAACCUCGCCGUUCCAAUGCGCAGAAAAGAUCUCACCGUUGAGGAACAAGAAAAAGCCAAGAAGCAUUAUCCAGAGUUGUUCAGAUACCGUGAGGCAAAUUUUGCAGGUUUCCUCUAUGACUGGGACGAGAAGAACACAUUUGACGUUGGCCCUGAGGAGCGCGAAAGGUUCUACGAAAGCAUCUGGAAGGAUGGCGGAUUCCGAUACUGGGUCGCCCUAUACAAAGACAAUCUCUACAGCGCUGAGGCGAACAAGGAGUCGUACAAGUUCUGGGCAAAGAAGACUCGCGCUCGGAUCCAAGACGCCAGGAAGCGCGAUUUGCUUGCUCCGCUUGAUAUGCCUCAUUAUUUUGGAAUCAAGCGGCCCUGUCUCGAGUACAAUUACUAUGAGCAAUUCAACAGGCCAAAUGUGGAUAUCGUGGACAUCAAGAACAAUGCCAUCAAGGACAUUGACGAGACGGGCAUCCUCCUCGAAGAUGGCACGCACUAUGACUUUGAUGUCAUCGCGGUAGCAACAGGCUUUGAUAUCGUCACUGGAGUCAUGACACAAUUAGGACUCGAGAGUGUUUCCAAUACCAAACUCGAAGAAGAAUGGGUCACUGGCGCCCUGACAUACCUUGGACUCACCGUCAGCGGAUAUCCCAACAUGUUCCAUAUAUACGGCCCUCAGGCCCCCACGCUUCUUAGCAAUGGCCCGACUACCGUUGAGGUGCAGGGCAGAUGGAUCGCUGACUGCAUCCAGAAGAUGCAGAAGCACAAUAUCAAGUACAUCAACCCGAAGCUUGAGUCAGCUGUCGCUUGGAAGAAGAAGGUGGUCGAUAUCAACAACCAGAUGCUGUUCCCGACGUGCAGAUCGACGUAUAUGGGUGGAAGUAUCCCUGGCAAGGUAUAUGAGCCGGUUUGUUUCCCAGGCGGAAUUCCGAAGUACGCGAUAUUGAUUCGCGAAGCACUGGACGAUAUGUCGGGCUUUAAUGUGGUGUCGAAUUAA